AUGCUGGCUGCGGGCCUGCUGCUGGCCAACGUGCCGGGGGAGGUGGUCGCCGCGUUCCCCAAGAGGUGGGGCGUGCAAAUGCGGGCGGCGGCGCUGGCCACCAUCUUCCUGCGGUGCGGCCUGGAGCUGGAGUUUGAGGCAGUCUUUGACGCCGGCCUCGCCACGGCGCUAUUUGGCAUGCCCUACACCCUGGCGCUGGCGAUGGGCUUCAUCCUCAAGGCCGUCGGCCCCGGGCUGGUGGUGCCCGCCAUGUUUGUGCUGCAAAAGGAGGGGUGGGGCGCCGACAAGGGCGUCCCCUCGACUGUGGUCAUUGCGGCAUCAUUUGAUGACAUCAUCGCCAUUACAGGCUUCUCAAUAUUCAUCAACAUCGCGAUCGCCGGUGGCCAGGACGCCGCUUGGCAGAUUGCCAGCGGACCGCUGCAGGUGGUUUUUGGCAUCUUGGCCGGGCUGCUGGCGGGCGGCCUGCUGGGCUGCACGCGGCUGCUGAACAACAAGUACAAGCGCUUGGGCGGCAUAUACGGCGCGGCUUUGUUGAUCAUGUUUUUCUUGGAGCACUUUGACAUGCUGUCAGGGGGCGCUCUGGGGUCACUGUGCGUGGGCCUGGUGACCUGCUACAUGUGGGAGAGGGGCGCCCCCAGGGCCGCUUCCAUGGGACCCAGUGACACAUACGCUCCAGACAUUGAGCGGGUCAUGGCCAAGGUGUGGAACUGGGUGAUGGAGCCUGUGCUGUUUGGCACCAUCGGCACCUCCAUCGUCUUCUCCAAACUGGAGCCGUCCACCAUAUCAAAGUCCGUCUGCAUCGUGCUGGCUGGCGUUACGCUGCGCAUCUGCUGCACGUUCCUGGUGAUGUUUGACGCCAAGUACACCUGGAGGGAGAGGGCCUUUUAUGCUAUGGCAUGGACGCCCAAGGCCACAGCCUCCCUGUCCGCGGUGCCCCUGGCGAUGAUCCAGGCGCUCACCGCCGGCCGCCCCGACCACGACGUCUGGCUGAGGUGGGGCCAGGAGAUCCUCACCACCGGUGUGUUUGCCAUCAUCAUCUGCGGCACGCUGGGCACGCUGAUGGUCUUCGUGAUGGCACCCAUACUGCUCAACAAGGAGGAGGCUCCGCCGCCGGUCGGGGGCGGCCGCAGCCUGGCGCGCAUCACGGCGAAGGCACAGUCGUUUGCAGGGCGCGGGGCACAGUCGUUCGCGGGGCGCGGGGCGCUGUCUGUCAUGGGGCGAGGGGCGCUGUCUGUUGUGGGGCGCCGCCAGCAUGGGCCGUCGAGGAUCAGCCUGGACGGCGGCCUGGGGAUGACGCGAGCCGCGACUCAGGGCACUUAUCAUGAAAGCCUGAGGGACGUCACCCUGAUUGAGGAUUACUUCGACGCCAUCGAGCAGCUGCUGGAGCUGGCGCGCGCCACGGCGCACCUGCUGCCGCCGGACGACCAGAGGGCGGCGCUUGAGCUGGCGGGCGGCAUAGCUGACCUGCAGGAGCGCAUCGAUCGCGAGGUCGGCCCCCGGGAGAUGACAGUCAGACAGAUGCUGGCAAGCGCUGCGCUGCGCUCCCGCCAGCCCGGACUGGGCGAUGGCCAGCUGCCAACCAACCAGCUGCCCGCCAUCCCGGCCUCGCCGCGCGUUGGCGGCAAAGACAGCGACUGCGGGGUCGACGGCUGCGCAGGCGGCGUCGACGGCGCGGGCGCGGUGAUCACCCUGAGGGAUGGCACUGCCGUCAAAGAGAGCGCGGCGCUGCAGCUGCGGCAGGGGGCCGCCGUCUCCGAUGACGAUCGGGGCGCGGCCGGCAGCGACGGCGGCUCGCAGAUCCCUGCAUACCGCGCGGGGGGUGGUGGCAGUGGCAGCGUGGGCGCUGUUGGCGCUGGCGUGGCACCUAGCGCACGGGGGGUGCACAGGGAUGGCCUGGAGGCCAGUGUGCCAAGGGGUGAUGCGGGUGAUGGAAGCGCAGGCGUGCCGGUGCAACCGACGUCGCCCGCCGCCACUGCCAGCGCCGGGGCCUGCAGUACGGGAGCCGCCUGCAGCAGUGCAGGUGGUGCAGCUUGA